AAAUCUUUCGAGCAAGGGCGAUAUUGCGCGUGCACGCGACUGGCUUGCCAUAGAAAACAAAGCUGUCUGCGCGGCAUCCAUUACCGCGGAGGGUGCAGACUUCGGGAAUAUAUGAAUAUAGACGCUAGAAAACACUCCUAAAUAUGGAUUUUCAGCGAGUAUAGGAUCAUUUGAGACUCGGGCCUGUAAGGGCAGUGAGACUGCAGGACACUCGCGAAACUGACGAAAUAUACAGUUUUUAUCGGGGUGCUUUGUCUUGGCCAGCUAGCAAACCAUCAUUGUCAUUCGAUUGGAAGCUAUUCUACUAGUUUUUGCUAGAUGGGGGCUGGGGUGCAUCGCCAUGUUGUUAUCAAAUAGUAACUGUUAAAAAAUACAUCUUGAAGUAAAGGCGGAAAUUUUUCCACCAGGUCCUUCGUUUUGGCCACAGGGAACCGAAUCUCAACAGUCGCGGAACCCACCACUGACUGUUGUCGUCGGUGACAUGGCGGAGCAAGGCUACUCUUCUUGGGCGUACUCACUCGUCGACUCCAGCCAGGUGUCCACUUUCCUCAUCUCCAUCCUCCUCAUUGUCUAUGGCAGCUUCAGAUCGUUGAACAUGGACUGUGAGAACCAGGAGAAGGAUAAGGAUGGUAACCCUGUCCCGAAUGGGGCCUUCAACAAUGGCAACACAAACAACAGUGAGUCUCACAUAUUUGGUAUUCAAACCAUAGACUCCACGCAGGCUCUGUUCCUGCCCAUAGGAGCCUCCGUGUCUCUGCUAGUCAUGUUCUUUUUCUUCGACUCUGUCCAGGUGGUUUUCACCAUUUGCACCGCAGUUCUUGCGACAAUUGCGUUUGCAUUCCUCCUGUUGCCAAUGUGCCAGUACUUGACCAGACCCUGCUCCCCACAAAACAAGAUAUCGUUUGGCUGCUGUGGGCGCUUCACUCUGGCCGAGCUCCUCGCCUUCUCCCUCUCUGUCAUGCUGGUGCUGAUUUGGGUGCUGACGGGACACUGGCUGCUCAUGGAUGCUCUAGCCAUGGGGUUGUGUGUGGCCAUGAUAGCGUUUGUGCGGCUGCCCAGUCUGAAGGUGUCUUGCCUGCUGCUGUCAGGGCUGCUCAUCUAUGACGUGUUCUGGGUGUUCUUCUCAGCCUACAUCUUCAACAGCAACGUGAUGGUGAAGGUGGCCACCCAACCGGCUGACAACCCCUUAGACGUGCUCUCCAGGAAGCUCCACCUGGGCCCUGGGAUGGGCCGUGACGUCCCACGCUUGUCCCUGCCUGGCAAGCUGGUUUUCCCCAGUUCCACAGGCAGUCACUUCUCCAUGCUGGGGAUCGGGGACAUAGUCAUGCCGGGGCUACUGCUGUGCUUUGUGCUGCGCUACGACAACUACAAGAAGCAGGCCAACGGUGAGGCGGGGGGGCCAGGCACACCCGGGCGCAUGGGGCGCGUCUCCUACUUCCACUGCACUCUCAUCGGAUACUUUGUGGGCCUGCUGACUGCCACUGUGGCCUCCAGGAUCCACCGUGCGGCUCAGCCUGCCCUGCUCUACCUGGUGCCCUUCACCCUGCUGCCUCUACUCACCAUGGCCUACCUGAAGGGAGACCUGCGGCGUAUGUGGUCAGAGCCUUUCCACACGAAGGCCAGCAGCUCCCGCUUCCUGGAGGUAUGAUGCACCCUGGGAACACACAGCCAGCGUGGGCAGGACCAGGGACACCUACCCCCUGCCCUGAGAGAAAGGGAGUGAGAGGGAGAGCGCACACUGAAGAGAGGCCUCGUCCUCAUCACUAGUUCAUUCUUUCCACCCAUCCUCUGAGCAGCAGACCUCACAUAUGGACACCAGUGUGUGGACCUCAUUCCCAAACACAACUCCUCAUUGCUUCCUGUUUUCCCUCUCUUUCCUACUUUUCCUUCCCUCACCCACCUCCCUUGCCAUGGCUCAUUUCAUUUUGUCAGGCCUCUCCCUCUCUCCUUUUGCUCUUGGUCUUUCUGUUUUACUAUACCACCCCUCUCAUCUGUGUAUCUCCCCGACUCUGCUGGACUCCAAGGCUUGGCGUCCCCCUAUAUGGACUACUGGGUGUGGGAUGUGACUGAGGCUUUUUUUAGCAUCUUCAUUACAAUUAUUGUUAUUAUUCUGGAAGGAACUGUGGAGGAUAGGAGAGUAGGCAGAACUGCUGCUUCCACUAGGCAGGAAAAUGACAUCCGCGCACAGGACCAGCAGCCUAUCGGAGAGCGAGAAGGAACAGCAACGGUUCAUCAGUCGCUCCCUCCAUCCGUUUCUCUGCCCUCCAUCUACCCCCUCUGUCCCCUGAACACCUCCUCUUUAUCCUCAACAUCCUCCCCCUCUCUAACAAACUCUCACCUUCUGUCAUUCGCUGCCCCAUCACAGAUACAGGUAUUUUAUUUAGAAAAGAUUUUAUUCUUGGCAUAUACAGAAAUGAUGCAUUAUAAAUUGUGAAUGUGUCCCUACUAUUGCGGGGGGAAGCAUCUCUCUUUGUAUAUAUAUGUGUACACAAGUAUUUGGGUAUCAUGGUGUGUGUGUGUGUGUGUGUGUGUGUGUGUGUGUGUGUGUGUGUGUGUGUGUGUGUGUGUGUGUGUGUGUGUGUGUGUGUGUGUGUGUGUGUGUGUGUGUGUGUGUGUGUGUGUGUGUGUGUGUGUGUGUGUGUGUGUGUGUGUGUGAGCUCAUAGUAUGCGAGACUGUGUUAUUUCUUUAUUAUGAACAAUUUAAUUAUGUUUUGGAUCCAGGACAGGUAUAAAAGACCUUGACAAUGAGAACUUGUGGAGUGACAUUUGGGGGUUGAUGGGACAUGCGCAGGUUUUUUUAAGCAGGUCUGACUUGGACCACAGCUCGGUUCUGUAAGGCUAGGAGUGGUUUACUUGUGAACAAAUUUUCUCCAACAAGUGACCGAAUGGACAUUGGGAAAAACCAAGUUAACCCUCCACUUGCCGUUGGCUGUACCUGGAGGUGUGUGUCUGUUUGUUUCUGUGUGUGUGUGUGCCUGGUCGUUUAGAAUAACCUCUAUAAAGUCUGUAAUGGACCUUGAGGGAGGAAAUCUCUGCCCUUCUGAGGGAUUUAUCUUAAUAAAGGAUUGUAAUCAAUGGACCCUGAGGUUAAAGCUAACCCAUAGCUAGGUUUUUACUGUCAAAGGUUGGGUAUCCCAACGGUUUUUGGAUUGUCAUUCCUCUCACAGUUUUGUGGUGUUUAUCAGUUAGAUCAGGCCCCCCAAACCCCACAGGUGCAUGUUUUGAUUUUUUCCCCCUAGCACAACACAGCUGAUUUUAAAUCAUCAAAGCUUGAUGAUGAGUUGGUUAUUAGAAUCAGCUCUGUAGUGCUAGGGCAAAAAACAAAAUGUGCACCCAGAGGGGCCCCAGGACGAACUUUGGGAAACCCUGAGUUAGAUCAUAGCUUAAACAAUACUGGAAUUAAAGUGUGUGUGAAAGUGUUUGUGAAAGCGAGACAGCGGACGAAGAGAGAGACUUGAAUGGAAAAUGCAGUUUACUGGCUUCCUGUCUUGAGUUUUAUUUUUUACCUGUUUUUUUAUGUUUGUUCUCUGGCCUUGCAUGUUAAGUGUACAGUGUGUGUCAUUCCUCAGACUGCAACAACAGACUGCUGGCCCCAACCAAUGCACUAAGCUUUGCCAGCAAGGCUGCAGAGAGGAAAGUUACAUGGACAAAGGCCAGGGAGUCGGGAGGACUGAACAGUUCUGACUGAACAGUUCUGACUGAACAGUUCUGACUGAACAGUUCUGACUGAACAGUUCUGACUGAACAGUUCUGACUGAACAGUUCUGACUGAACAGUUCUGACUGAACAGUUCUGACUGAACAGGCCACCUGGCUGAUUUUUAAAAAAAAACUUUUUUUUUUUUUUUUUUUUUUUACACUCGUUUAGCCCCGAUUUCACUCUAGCUGAUCAUUACCUGGACAUUGUCUGGCUAUGGGACAGACCACUGUCGGACAGCCUGAACAUAAAUGGACAUGUAACCACAACCCCAUUCCUGUCCCCUCUGCCUCUUUAUGGACUUGGCAAAGAAAACUGAUGAUGAUCAUAGUGAUGAAUAAUUGAAGAAAAAAAAUACAGAUGUUUUCAUUUUUUAUGGAAGUUGGCUUUCUAUUUAUCCCCUUGUUUGAGUUGUUUUUCUUAGUGCUGUAGCUUUAGGUUUUCCAUCUUAUACUUUUCUUUCCUCCCUUGCAGCAGAGGGCUUUAUAGCUGAAAUGGAUUCUAUCAUUUUUUUAAAAAGUUGAAUAAAUUUAAGAGCUGUUUAGUGAAACAUGAAUCCUAAUGAGCUGAAUCUAAAACAUUUUGUCUCCUUUAACCCCCUCUCUGCUCCCUGUCCCCCCCCCCCUUUCCCUCCAUUCAGUCAGGAUUCUGCUGUAAAUAAAACAUAAUUCUAACUAUA